AUGGCUAAGAUUAGCACCCAAUACUCCCACCCUACUGUAAGAACCAGGGACAGAGAUCUGGACCACGUUGAAAACGGCCUCAGCAGGGUCCACUCGCCUUGCGAGGAGACUUCAUCAGAACUGCAGCAGGAGAUCGCCAUGGAGACCAGACGACUGGCUGAAUCCAGGGGAAACUCCUACACCAGCCAGGGGCCCUCCAGGUUGUCUCGCCUGAUCAUCUCACUGCGAGCAUGGGCCACCGGGCACUUACACCACGAGGACCAGAGACCUGACUCCUUCCUGGAGCGUUUCCGUGGAGCUGAGCUCAAGGAGGUAUCCAGCCAAGAAAGCAAUGCCCAGUCAAAUGUGGGCAGCCAGGAGCCACCAGACAGAGGGAGAAGUGGCUGGCCGCUGGCCAGAAACAACACCAACAUGUGCAACAACUCAGAGGAAGAGAGAAAGAGAGAGAAAAAGGACACCAUGGUGGUGGACCCCUCCAGCAACGUGUACUACCACUGGCUGACGGUCAUCGCCCUGCCUGUCUUCUAUAACUGGUGUCUGCUGGUAUGCAGGGCCUGUUUUGAUGAGCUGCAGUCUGACCACGUGAUGCUGUGGCUAGUCCUGGACUACUCGGCAGAUGUCCUCUAUGGCUUGGAUCUACUGGUGCGAGCUCGGACAGGCUUCCUUGAGCAAGGCUUGAUGGUCAAGGAUGCACAGAGGCUGUGGAAGCAUUACACAAAGACCGUGCACUUCAAGCUGGACAUGUUGUCCCUGGUCCCCACAGACCUGGCUUAUUUUAAGUUGGGUGUAAACUACCCAGAGCUGAGGUUCAACCGCCUACUGAAGCUUGCCCGGCUCUUUGAGUUCUUUGACCGCACAGAGACAAGGACAAACUACCCUAAUUUAUUCAGGAUUGGAAACUUGGUCUUAUACAUCCUCAUCAUUAUCCACUGGAAUGCCUGCAUCUACUUUGCCAUUUCCAAGUUCAUUGGUUUUGGGACAGAUUCCUGGGUCUAUCCAAACAUCUCAAACCCAGAGUAUGGCCGCCUCUCUAGGAAGUACAUUUACAGUCUCUAUUGGUCCACCUUGACCCUGACCACCAUCGGAGAGACCCCACCCCCUGUGAAGGAUGAGGAGUAUCUGUUUGUGGUCAUAGACUUCCUAGUGGGAGUCUUGAUUUUUGCCACCAUUGUCGGCAAUGUGGGAUCCAUGAUCUCAAACAUGAAUGCUUCACGGGCCGAGUUCCAGUCCAAGAUUGACUCCAUUAAGCAGUAUAUGCAAUUCCGCAAGGUGACCAAGGACUUGGAGACACGGGUGAUCCGGUGGUUUGACUACCUGUGGGCAAACAAGAAGACAGUGGAUGAGAAGGAGGUGCUCAAGAGUCUCCCAGACAAGCUGAAGGCCGAGAUCGCCAUCAACGUGCACCUGGACACUCUGAGGAAGGUCCGCAUCUUCCAAGACUGCGAGGCGGGGCUGCUGGUGGAGCUUGUGCUCAAGCUGCGGCCUGCAGUGUUCAGCCCAGGGGAUUACAUCUGCAAGAAGGGAGACAUUGGGAGGGAGAUGUACAUCAUCAAGGAGGGCAAGCUGGCUGUCGUGGCCGACGAUGGGAUCACCCAGUUCGUGGUCCUCAGUGAUGGGAGUUACUUUGGGGAGAUCAGCAUCUUAAACAUUAAGGGAAGCAAGGCAGGGAACCGCAGGACAGCCAACAUCAGGAGCAUUGGUUACUCAGACCUGUUCUGCCUUUCCAAAGAUGAUUUGAUGGAGGCUCUCACUGAAUAUCCAGAAGCCAAGAAAGCUCUGGAGGAGAAGGGACGGCAGAUCCUGAUGAAGGACAACCUGAUUGACGAGGACGUGGCCAAGGCUGGGGCGGACCCCAAGGAUAUUGAGGAGAAGGUAGAGCACCUGGAGUCCUCCCUGGACACCCUGCAGACCAGGUUUGCACGGCUCCUGGCCGAGUACAAUGCCACCCAGAUGAAAGUGAAGCAGCGUCUCAGUCACCUGGAAAGCCAGGUGAAGAUGUGUGGGAGUGACCUUCUGUCUGAUGGGGGUGCUCCUGGGGAUGCUGCAAAAGCAGAGACCAAACAAGAGUGA